ACAGGCCUGAAAUGGAAUGUUAAUCCCAUUGUCCAAAUGGUACCCGGAAAUGUGUCCUUUCUAGUCUGCUUCUGCUUCUUCUGCUCACUCUCCACAUGUUAAUCUCUUAGGUUUUCUUCUCCAGUGUGUCUGGCAAAAUAAAAAUAAAAAAGAAGUCCAAAUACAAAACCUGCCGGCUGCCUUCGAUUAUACCUGUAGCAUAAUUGUUGUCAUCAUCUCCUCUACAUGUAUAACCAAACCCCACAAACCUAAUCCCAUUGCCAAUUCUUCCUCUCCCUGCCUCUCAAAAUUUGCAACGAUAUUUUUUGUUCAAGUAUCCCAUUUUAAUCCACUACCCUGAUCACUUUCCAAAGCCCUUUGUUGUUAGCUAGCUAGCUAGAAUACAAGAUGAAGACUAAAGCACAGAACCAAAGCAAGUUCAUGCGAGUCAUGACAAUCCCAGUGAGAGUUUUGUGUAAAGCAAGGGACGUUUAUGUUAAAAGCAUGACAGACUUCUCGAUGAGGAUGAAUAAUGGUCCUUCCAUGGCCUUGCCCAGGAGUUUCAGUGUUGGCUCAUCAUCAAGGUCUGAUGACGGUGAAGAUUACAGACAGCUUGUUAGAGCUGCUUCUGCCAGGAGCUUAGGUCACAGCAAUGAAAUCGAGAUGUACAUGCAGCAAUUGAGGCAGCAGCAAUCAUCGAUGACGAUGGGAUCCGAAAAGGUGUUGCCGAAGAGUUCCAGUGUUGGGAUGCGUUGCAUGGGAAGGAUUGAUGAAGACAAAUCAUGUGUUUUUGAAGAAGUUGGCGUUGAUGUCAAGCCACAGUUGGGUCCAAGAAGCAGAAGCUAUGCUGUUGGAAAAGGAAGGAAUGCCUGUUGAUUUGUUUGGGAGGGAUUCACCGAGUUAAAAGAGUUUCUUCUUCAUGGUGGUGAUAAUAGCAGUUCUUGUGGUGGUUAAAAUGGUGAAUUGAAUAAAGUACAUGUAUAUGGUAAUUUAUCUAAUUAACUGUUGAUUGAAAGGA